AUGAAGAAAGUAAGAGAAAAGCCAUACAAAUGCGUUACUUGCUUUAAGGCAUUCAGUCAAAGCUCUAACUUAAUAACUCAUCAACGUAAACAUUCCAACUACAAACCUUUCUCUUGCAUAUUUUUUGGAUGUGAAAAAAGCUUUCAGAGAAAAGUCGACUUAAAACGUCAUCAAGAGAGUGUUCAUAGCAGUGAAUUACCUUUCAUGGAGUUGAGGGCUCCUAAAAGAGCUUCAAUAUGUGUGUCAGCAGUUUAUUUAAGUGAGAAAUUGAAAGAAGAGAGAUUCUUUAAUAGAAAUUUUCAUGAAAAGGAACAGAUAUUUACUAUCGUUGAAAGUGAAAAUCCUCAACAUUUCCACAAUUCAACUCAUGCACUCUGGCACAUUCCUUUGAGAAAAACGUUAGCAUCCUUUCCAUUCUGCAAUGUUGAGAAAAUUAAAAAAAAGCAGCGGAACUUCAUUCCGUUUAAACGAGAAAAUCAAGAAAGAUGCUUCAUAAUUGCCUUUUUGACUUUCAAGAUUCACCGUGUGACGUCGACGUUAAUUAAGGUGCUUUAUGUAAUUUUACUUCAAAUCAUAGAGGAUUUAAAUUUCAAAAAACAAAAGUUUAAAGCCAGGUUAGCAAAAACCAAAAACGGAUGGUUGAAAGCUUCUGUCAGCAAUAAAAGGCCAGAUAAUGUAGUAAAGACGUGGGGCGAUGGUGAAGACGAAGGAAAACGUCAAGACGAAACAUAA